UAUUUAAAUCAUACUUUUUGUCACCAUUUUCACACUAAAAAUAAAAUCCAUAAUACAAGUAUUACUUAAUGCGUAAAUAACUUAAGAAAAAGUUGAGUAUUCACAUUCCAAAAUAAUUAAUUAAUGAAUUAAUUAGCCUCUACCAAUAUCUAUUUAUUAUACACUUAUACACUUUCCCAACUUCCUUCCAUUUCAACCUUCUUCCUUCUUCUAUAACCCCUUUCUCCUUCCUUUCUCUCACCUCAACAAAAUUACAUAUCAUGAAAAACGAUCAUCAUCAACACCUCCCUCGGCAGCAGCUGCCGUUACACCAUAGAAGCUUCUGGAAGAAUUCCUCAAACUAUCUACGUAAUCCUAAACCAACGGCGUACUUUAUCCUCCUCAUCUUAACAUACGCCCUUGGCUACUUUACGGCCUCAUCUUCUCUCUCCUCCAACAAACAACUCACUUCUCCUCCUUCUCCUAAUGAUUCUGCUUCCACUACUCCAACUGUCGUUAAUCUCGUUACAACAACUAAUAACUGUCCUCUUGCCACGUCAUCUCCUAUCCUCGACAAGAAUAACGACCAUAACCGGUUCGGCCCGGUUUGUUCAACCCCGGUCCCACCAGAGAUAAUCCGGUCCAUAAUUAUAAACCGGGUCUACAACGGAACCUCACCCUACGAGAACUUUCCACCACCCCACGUGGCAGAAUUACUCCGUCCUAAGCGAGUCAAAGGGUGGGGCUCAUACGGCGCCGUUUUCGAAAACCUUAUCACGAAAACCCAACCAAAAACAAUCAUUGAAGUCGGAACAUUCUUAGGCGCGUCAGCAACCCACAUGGCUGAGUUAACUCGCCAACUCGGACUCCAAACUCAAAUCCUCUGCCUCGACGAUUUCCGCGGUUGGCCCGGGUUUCGCGACCGAGUUGACUACGUCCCCGUCCAAAACGGCGACGUUUUACUCCUCCCGCAGUUUCUACAAAACGUGAUUUACCUGAACUCGAGCGAGUCAAUAUUACCGAUUCCUUUUACGACGGGGUCAACGCUUCAGAAGCUUUGCGAAUGGGGAGUAAUGGCGGAUUUGAUAGAGGUGGAUGCGGGUCAUGAUUUUCAAUCGGCUUGGUCGGAUAUAAACCGGGCUUAUAAAUUGCUUAGACCGGGUGGAGUCAUGUUUGGGCAUGACUAUUUUACUAAGUAUGAUGAUAAAGGUGUUAGGAGAGCUGUUGAUUUGUUUGCUAAGGUUAAUGGGUUUAAGGUUAAUGUUGAUGGUCAACACUGGGUUAUCGAGUAAACUCGGUUCGACUUGGUGUUUUUAUACAUACUACUUCCGUUUCAUAUUAUUUACAACGAUUUAAUAUAAAGAAGCGUUGCAAAUAAUAUGAAACGGAGGUAGUACAUAGAUAAGACAUUAUGCAAAUAGUGUGUGAUCGGAUACUACAUAUAAUGUUUUGUUUUACACUUUUACGGUUGAUUUGAUUUGCACGAAUGUGUAGAUUAUACGGUUGUAGGAAAUAAAGAAAUGAAUUGAAACAAAAUGACUAAAAUUUUUUCAAGGGUUUUGUGUUAUCUUCUUAAAAAUUUUGUGGCUGGAAAGUGAAGUCGAUAUAUCUAUACAAGAUUGAACACGGUAUAUGUAUAUUAGUUGCAUCAUGUGAGUAUGUGACUCUAGAUUUAACUUGUACAGCUCAAAUUAUGUUUAAUGUCAUUAUCACAUUAUGCCUAUUAUGAUUGUACAAGUAAUUUAUAGAAUGAUGGCCAUAAUUUUACAAAUUGAAUUUAUGUGCAAUUUUGUAAAGAAUAAUCCUAUGUACUUGUACGUAAUGAGUAGAUGAAUGUAUAUUAUGCUUAUUAUCUCCUAAAGUCCUAAUAAAGCAGUAAUAGUUUAGCCAACGAAAGGA